GUGUUCGCCAGGCCGGUGCCCUUCCCAGAGCUGUUGCCCGCGGGCCUGGUGGGCAAUCUGCCAGGAAUCGGCGCCGUCCAGCCCGUCCAGCCCCUGUGCGGCUUCACGGCGCCCGCGCCCCUGCCGCCCGCCGCGCUUGGCGCGCCGCUCGGGCUCGCAGGCGCCAACGGCACCGCGCCCCUGGGGCUGCCCGCCCAGCCGGCGCUGCCGGCCGCGCCGGCGGCAACCCGCCUCACGCUCGCGGAGUACCGCGAGAGGCUGGUGGCGAUCUACGAGGUGCACAAGCCGGACAACGUGCCGAAGGUGGACUACCUGAUGGAGAAGUACAGGGGCAACGUGGACUUCCUGUACUCGAGCGUGUGCACGAAGUAUGGCAUCCAGCCGGACGUAGUUCGCCUCAAUGGUAUCACCGUAGCCAUUUUGGCAUCGGCUGCGACGCGCCAGUUCGCGACGAUGCGGCGCUUCCUUCCGCCGGCCGCCGCUGCGAACUCCGCCGCCAACGCGGCGGCGGCGACGCCCCGCCCUGCGGCCCUCCACGCGGCGCAGGCGCCCGUCGCCGCCACCGUGGUUGCGCAUGGCGCGCCCUCGCCCGCCCUGGCGGGGGCCGAGAGGGCGGUCGCUGCUGGUGGGGCCACGUUUGCCGCAGCCUUGCGGAAGCGAGCUGUCGUCCACGGGCACACCGCCAGGCAGCGGCCCAACUGCGGGCUCGACGCCAUGCCGCGGAGCCGUGCGGCAGACGGCGCCGUGGCCGCGCUGCCAGUAUCGCAGAUGCUGCAGUUAGUCCGGGACCGAACAUACCUCACGAUGAUUCAGGCCGGCGGCGCGUACCGCAUUGCUGGCGUCAACGCCCUCCGCGAGAGCGUGGUUUCUGCGGGCGGGCCUUCGGACUUCGUGAGGUACGCCGCCCACCGGGACAACAAGGUCGAACAUCAUUUUCGCGUGUUCGACGCGGCGUCCAGAUGCCACUUCUUAGGAGCCAGAAGCUACGCCCAGAGCGAACGGCACUCCCUCGCAUGCCACGUCGCCCGCUGCAUUCUUCUCGUCGACCCGGCCCCUGUGAAAGCUUUUUACGCGCACCUGGAAGGCAUGGCGUGGCUCACUUCCACGCAAGCCUUCGCGGACGCCUUGGACGCUGGGCUUGCGGAACACGGCGCCGAUAGGCCGCGCGCCUACAAGCCUUGGGGCCGCGGCCUUCCAGCAGGCGAUGCCGCGGGCUCUCUUCCAGACGACAGCGACGACGAGGACGAGGAGGUCGGCGUCGACUACUUGAGCCGCCGCAGCAUCGUCAGGGGUCGCGUGCUCGAGAUGUUGGACAUCCCGCCGGCCUCGCGCGGCCCGUCCUCCAUAUCGUACGCCGUGCCGUCGCUGCAGCGCCUGGCUGGCGCGCGAGAGCGAGAGGGGGUAUUGAUGGACCUCAUCCUGUCUGCAUGCCGGGCCCAGAGGAAACGCGCUUGGACCGUGCGAAAGGCUUUUUACAUGGCCGGGUCGGGAUGUUUGGUGCGAGGGGACAUGGGGGCCAUCUCUGCGUUCGCUCAGGCAGCAAAGGCAAACGCAACGUUCAAAAAGCAGUGUUCCGUAUUGCGCAUGAAGUGCACAAUACUGGAUAUGUGGAUGUUCUGUGAGCACGCUUCAUGCGCGAUCAGGAAGUACGGCAAAACAAGAAUGGCCGAAUGUUGA